AUGUCCAAAACAAUGGGUUGUGAUAGCUGCAUGGGUUUGGCCAAGAAGAAAGGACCCAUGUUCUUUGGUGUUCUCCCAAUGAAGUCGGUGAUUCUCUUCAUGCAAUUUCUCGCAAUUUUCUAUCAAACCUACCAAUUUCAAGACUGUUUUGGAUGCUUUCUAUCGACUGUUUACCUCAUCAGAAUCAUCUUGAUCGCUGUCUCUUUCAUCGGGUUCAUUGGAUAUCUCCUCGACCGAAAAACCGUCAUGAAAGUUCAUCUCUGGACCACAAUUUUCGUCCUUGCCAUCCCUGUCGCCAUUCUUCAGAUCGGUGUCUUUCUUUACUGCACCUUUCUUUACAUCUGUAAGAUUACUAAAUCAGCCUCGGAGAUGAGCCUCGACGAGAAGAUGAGGCUCGAAGAUGCGUGUAAUUUCUUCUACUCUGCAGUGUACACUGGAGUCUACUAUUUCUGCUCGUUCUUGGCUUGUUGCAUUUUCUACGUUUGGAUGUGUCACAAAGUCAUCAAAGCUCUCGACACUGAAUUGAAUACCGUUUCAUCUACUUCGGACACAAAUGAAUUUCGCUCAGAAAAACUUACCAAAAAAUGUGAUUGA